AUGUUAAGAGACGAAGGAAUCAUGCACUUGCGUGACGCGCUAGCCAGCGUUAACUGCAGAUUAACCACCUUAAACGUCAGUCACAAUAGGUUAGGAGACGAAGGAAUCGUGCUCUUGAGUAACGCGCUAACCAGCGUUAACUGCGGAUUAACCACCUUAAACGUCAGGGAGAAUAGGUGGGGAGACGAAGGAAUCGUAUACUUGGGUAACGCACUAACCAGCAUUGACUGUACAUUAACCAGCUUAAACGUCAGUAACAAUUGGUUAGGAGACGAAGGAAUCGUGCACUUGUGUAACGCGCUAACCAGCGUUAACUGUACAUUAACCAGCUUAAACGUCAGUAACAAUUGGUUAAGAGACGAAGGAAUCAUGCACUUGUGUAACGCGCUAACAAGCGUUAACUGUACAUUAACCAGCUUAAACGUCAGUAACAAUUGGUUAGGAGACGAAGGAAUCAUGCACUUGUGUAACGCGCUAACAAGCGUUAACUGCAGAUUAACAAGCUUAAACGCCAGUCACAUUCGGUGGGAAGACAACGGAUUUAAACACUUGUGCGAUGCACUUACCAGCAGUAAUUGUGUGUUAACCAAAUUGAAAAUCGGUUUUAUUAGAUUAGGAGAUGGAGGAAUCAAAGAAUUGUCUGAGGUUUUAACCAACGGAUUCUGUACAUUAACAAGUUUAGACAUAAGCAACAAUGAAUUUGGAGAUGAAGGAAUCAAGCACCUGUGUAAGGCCUUGACUGAUACCAACUGCAAACUACGGAGCUUAGACUACCACGGAAAUCGGAAUGUAACUGAUAAAGGCAGAAAAUAUUUGUCUCAAAUGUUAACUGGUACUGAUUGGGAAGUUAGAGGAGCACAACUUUCCCGUUCAACUACAAAGUAGGCCAAGUAACAAGUCAGAGUCACAGAGACCUGACAGGUUCCUCCUGUUACGUUUCGCUUGUCAUGAAAUAAAUUCCAUUUUUAUAAAUGACAACUUAGAGAUUACUGUUCAAGGUGCUUAAUUAGAUAACUGACCUUCUAGUCACUAUCACUUGUUGAACGGAGUAUUAAAAAUGACCAGCAGUGAGGCAGUCGAAACAUCGCGAUCAAGAGUUUAGAAAUGACUCGGUAUCAUGACUCAAACGAUUAUUAAACGUUCAUUAUUCGAUAAACGAACUCCACUGUUUAAAAAAAUAGACUACAAAUGCAACUGCAAUUUCGUAUAACGGGUCUGUUGGCAAUAAUGUUAUACCUUUUGUAACAAAAAGUUUUGCGCUACAGGGAAUUGGUUAUACUGGUGAUUUAGCUGUAAAAAGAUGCCAAAAAUAUUAAAUUAUAUUUUGAUAACCUAUUUAAUGAAUAUCGUUGUUUUCUAAAAGAAAACUUUUAAAAAGUCUACGUGAGUUAGUGACGUAUAAAUAAGUAAUAAGUAACAACAUAUUCUCAAUAUUUAUAGGCUUUCGUAUUUUUAGUGGGUAGACUCCAAGGGUAUAAUGUUUAAGCUUAAUUGCAAUACACUUGAACAAAAAGGAAUGUUUUGUUCUGCCUUGUUCGUUUUCGAAGCCAAAUGUAGGUGUUGUAUACUCGUUCAAAUGAGUUUAUUUGGACUUUACCUAGUAAGUCAUUUACGCAAAGCUUGUACUCUAACUUGUAAUUUUUUUUCAUCCUAGCUGAUGAUUUUAUGAAGAGCAGAGUUAUGUAUUACUCUAAAAUUACAUACUAAUGAUAAGAAAGUGUCUUACGGGUUACGUAGUCCUUAUAAUGUAUAAUCUCUUUUUCAAUUUACUAUAAUAGUUCAGAAUGUCGUCUGAUUGAUAAUAUUUCAAGGUUCCAAAAUCUCAUAUUUUACAUAUAUAUAUUUUAUAUUUUGGAAAGAACCACACUAAACUGCGAAGUAUGUUAACCAAGGACAUUAAAUAUGUACAAGGACUGCUGUUGAAUUCGAAUGUAAUAAAUGUUGUUUUAUUUUUUCAA